UGGUCCUUCACGGGUGGCUGCCCCCGAGCCCUCCGGCCACCCUGAGGGUUCCCGCAUUUCCUUCCCCAGUGUUGGGGCUCCUGGUAGCGGGGCGGGGCAGCCCUCCCCUCCUCCUUCCCCUGGGGGGGUCUCCCCGCCCCUUCGGACUCUGCCAAGCGGAGGUGAAACCUGAACCCAGGUUGGGGGCGGGGCUGGCUCCUGCUCGGACGGGGCUGGCCUGCCCUCCACCUCCCCUUUCCCUGCACCCCAGCCAGCUUCUGAGAGAGUAAGAUUGGGGACCCCACGCCUCUGGAGCAGGGCCCGCGAUGGAGCCCACAGCCCGGGGUCGUGCCCCGCCGUGAGGACCCCUGCCCGCAGCCAUGCUGCUCCGAGGGCGCCCCCGGACGCUGGGGGCCGCAGCGUUGCUGCUGCUGCUGCUGAUCGGCUUCUUCCUGUUCGGCGGGGACCCGGACUGUGAGCUCGGCGGCAAGCGGGAGGCGAGGCGGGGUGGGGGUGGCGGGGGUGACCCGGGAUCCGUACCCGGCUCGCCAACGCCACGUGUACCUCCAGACGGGCGGCCGCGGUCGCGGGGGGCCGCUACCUUCGAUGGAGACCCGCCGGCAGACCCCAGGGGCCACAACCGCUCGGACUGCAUCCCGCCGCCGCCGCCGCCGCCCAAGUGCGAGCUCUUGCAGGUGGCCAUCGUCUGUGCGGGACAUAACUCCAGCAGAGAUGUCAUCACCCUGGUGAAGUCCCUGCUGUUCUACAGGAAAAACCCACUGCACCUUCACCUGGUGACCGAUGCUGUGGCCAGGAACAUCCUGGAGACGCUCUUUCACACAUGGAUGGUGCCUGCUGUCCAGAUCAGCUUCUACAACGCUGACGAGCUCAAGCCCCAGGUCUCCUGGAUCCCUAACAAGCACUACUCUGGCCUCUAUGGGCUAAUGAAGCUAGUGCUGCCCAGUGCCCUGCCCCCCGACCUGGCCCGUGUCAUUGUCCUGGACACAGAUGUCACCUUUGCCUCCAACAUUGCAGAACUUUGGGCACUCUUUGCUCACUUUUCUGACAAGCAAGCGAUUGGUCUCGUGGAGAACCAAAGCGAUUGGUACCUCGGCAACCUCUGGAGGAACCACAGGCCCUGGCCUGCCUUGGGCCGGGGAUUUAACACAGGCGUGAUACUCCUACGGCUGGACCGGCUUCGGCAGGCUGGCUGGGAGCAGAUGUGGAAGCUGACGGCCACGCGGGAGCUGCUCACCCUGCCUGCCACCUCACUGGCCGACCAGGACAUCUUCAACGCCGUCAUCAAGGAGCACCCAUGGCUGGUGCAGCCCCUGCCCUGCAUGUGGAACGUGCAGCUGUCAGACCACACACUGGCUGAACGCUGCUACUCGGAGGCGUCUGACCUCAAGGUGAUCCACUGGAACUCACCGAAGAAGCUUCGCGUGAAGAACAAGCAUGUGGAAUCCUUCCGCAACCUCUACCUGACUUUCCUGGAGUACGACGGCAACCUGCUGAGGAGAGAGCUCUUUGGGUGCCCCUGCCCACCCCCUCCUGGGGCCGAGCAGCUGCAGCAGGCCCUGGCACAACUGGAGGAGCAAGACGCCUGUUUUGAGUUCCGGCAGCAGCAGCUCACUGUGCACCGCGUGCACAUCACCUUUCUGCCCCACAAGCCGCCACCCCCCCAGCCCCAUGACGUCACCCUGGUGGCCCAGCUCUCCAUGGAGCGGCUGCAGAUGCUGGAAGCCCUGUGCAGGCACUGGCCGGGCCCCAUGAGCCUGGCCUUGUACCUGACAGACGCAGAGGCCCAGCAGUUCCUGCGUUUCGUGGAGACCUCGGCGGUGCUCUCUGCCCGGCAGGACGUGGCCUACCACGUGGUGUACCGGGAGGGCUCCCUCUACCCCAUCAACCAGCUCCGCAACGUGGCCCUGGCCCAGGCCCUCACACCCUACGUCUUCCUCAGCGACAUCGACUUCCUGCCUGCCUACUCCCUCUACGACUACCUCAGGGCCUCCAUUGAGCAGCUGGAGCUGGACGGCGGGCGGAAGGCGGCCCUGGUGGUGCCUGCAUUCGAGACCCUGCACUACCGCUUCAGUUUCCCCAGUUCCAAAGCCGAACUGCUGACCUUGCUGGACGCUGGCUCUCUCUAUACUUUCAGGUACCAUGAGUGGCCCCAGGGCCACGCACCCACAGACUAUGCCCGCUGGCGGGAGGCUCAGGCCCCGUACCGUGUGCAGUGGGCAGCAGACUACGAGCCCUACGUGGUGGUGCCACGUGACUGUCCCCGCUACGAUCCCCGCUUCGUGGGCUUUGGCUGGAACAAGGUGGCCCACAUCAUAGAGCUGGAUGCACAGGAAUACGAGCUCCUGGUGCUGCCCGAGGCCUUCACCAUCCACCUGCCGCACGCCCCAAGCCUUGACAUCAGCCGCUUCCGCUCCAACCCCACCUAUCGUGACUGUGUCCUGGCCCUCAAGGACGAGUUCCACCAGGACUUGUCCCGCCACUACGGGGCUGCUGCCCUCAAAUACCUCACUGCCCUGCAGCAGCCCCGAGGCCCCGCCUGACCUCCGUAGUCGCCGGGGCUCUCACACACACUCCCUGC